CAACCGCCAUCUAAGUGGGUUGGGUCUAUGAAGCCCAAAAAAAUAACAAGUUCAAUUGCCCAUUGUCCCUAUCGAACCCUUUCGUUUGAUCGCCACUUCGGAACGCGUGUUGGUCUGCCACUUCUCAUUCUCGCCGUCGCUGCCAAGUUCAUUUAGGUUUCGCGACACAAAAUGAUAAAGAGGAGGUUCUUCAAGCUCGAUCACGGUGAUCGAGAGGCCUCCGAUCCGUCUUCUUCUUCUUCGGACUCCGAGCUUGAAGCCGUAGCUGAAACCUCUGAAGAAGAAUCAGAGGAAGAUGCAAUAGCAGAAGUGAAACCGAAUGAUGAUGAAGCUGGCUCAAAUUCUUCUGGGUAUGCAAGUGAGGAUAGUUCUGCGAAUGAUGUUGAUGUCAACUCAGCAGGUCUGCUAUUUAGUGAAGAUGAUGCUGGAGCUAUAAACGAAAGACAAAUGCUUAUUAACAGAGAGUUGCUGAGUAAAGGUGAUACCGAAAAGUCUAAUGUCUUGGCUGAAAAGAAAUCCUUACCGACAGAUAUGCCAUCCCAUGUCUUAAAAUGCAAAUCAGUAUUUAAGUGCAGGCUGUGUCCCCGGAUUAUCUGUUUAUCUGAGGAAACUUUGCGGGAUCAUCUGCAAUCAAAGAGACAUGCUCGAUCUGAAAAACUACUUAGCGAAGGUAGACUGAAGGCUAUCCUCAACAGUGAUGGUGAAAUUGAGAACCAAGAGAUCUCAGAGAUCCAAACUAAAGAUUCGGAGGAUGAUGCGGAGAAGAAUCACAAAGGGAAGAAGCAGCAUAAAAAGAGAUUGAGAAAGAAGAAAAGAGACAAAGCAAGCGCAAGGAAAAUGCUGUCAACGAAAGAGCCAGGCAAGAGGAGAAAGAAAUGACAACUCUAAUGGUAUUUGGCAUUUUGUAGAGCAAAUUUUUCCGCCACUACCACUUGCCUUCGUGUGCAAAGCCUGCGUAGUCUGAUAUAUAUGCUAUACUGAUGACACUUUUUGAGCAGUCCCCCGUUCCCCUUCUGUUCAAUAUUUUCCUUUUUUUUUUAUUUGUUCAACAUUGCCCUCUGCUUUCUACAGUUUCUGAGAGUAUUAUUAUUUUUCCCUUUUCCCUUAGCAUACUAAUGUAACCGACAUCAAAAUUUCCUUGUAAAAGACUUGCCUAGUAAAGUUUAUUUAAAUUAUAUGAGGUUUAAUUUUGCUGU